CGCCGGGAGCCCCCGGAGCGCGGCCACGGCGCAGCAGCCGCCAUGGCCCAGACCCUGCAGAUGGAGAUCCCCAACUUCGGCAACAGCAUCCUGGAGUGCCUCAACGAGCAGCGGCUGCAGGGCCUAUACUGUGACGUAUCGGUUGUGGUCAAGGGCCACGCCUUCAAGGCCCACCGGGCCGUGCUGGCUGCCAGCAGCUCCUACUUUCGGGACCUGUUCAACAGCAGCCGAAGUGCCGUGGUGGAGCUGCCAGCAGCCGUGCAGCCCCAGUCCUUCCAGCAGAUCCUCAGCUUCUGCUACACGGGCCGACUCAGUAUGAACGUGGGUGACCAGUUCCUGCUCAUGUACACGGCUGGCUUCCUGCAAAUCCAGGAGAUCAUGGAGAAGGGCACUGAGUUCUUCCUCAAGGUGAGCUCCCCCAGCUGCGACUCACAGGGCCUGCAUGCUGAGGAGGCCCCGUCGUCUGAGCCCCAGAGCCCCGUGGUACAGACGUCAAGCUGGCCGGCCUGCAGCACCCCACUGCCCCUCGUGUCACGGGUGAAGACAGAGCAGCAGGAGUCGGACUCUGUGCAGUGCACACCAGUGGCCAAGCGGCUGUGGGACAGCAGCCAGAAGGAGGCAGGGGGCGGCAGCAACAAUGGCAGCCGUAAAAUGGCCAAGUUCUCCACACCAGACCUGGCCGCCAACCGGCCGCCCCAGGCCCCAGUGGUGGCAACAGGGACCGGGCAGUUGGCCAGUGGAGCGGCGGCGGCCGGGGGCGUGGUGAGUGGGCCCAGCAUGUCGGAGAGGACCAGCCCUGGCACUUCAAGCGCCUACACCAGCGACAGCCCUGGCUCCUAUCACAACGAGGAGGAUGAGGAAGAGGACGCUGGCGAGGAGGGCACGGAUGAACAGUACCGCCAGAUCUGCAACAUGUACACCAUGUACAGCAUGAUGAAUGUCGGCCAGACAGCCGAGAAGGUGGAGGCCCUCCCUGAGCAGGUGGCUCCUGAGUCCCGGAAUCGCAUCCGGGUGCGGCAAGAACUGGCAUCCCUCCCCGCUGAGCUCAUCAACCAGAUCGGCAACCGCUGCCACCCCAAGCUAUACGAUGAGGGCGACCCCUCUGAGAAGCUGGAGCUGGUGACAGGCACCAACGUGUACAUCACAAGGGCGCAGCUCAUGAACUGCCACGUCAGCGCGGGCACGCGACACAAGGUCCUACUGCGGAGGCUGCUGGCCUCCUUCUUUGACCGGAACACGCUGGCCAACAGCUGUGGCACCGGGAUCCGUUCUUCCACCAACGACCCCAGACGCAAGCCCCUGGACAGCCGAGUCCUCCAUGCCGUCAAGUACUACUGCCAGAACUUUGCCCCCAACUUCAAGGAGAGCGAGAUGAAUGCCAUUGCUGCCGACAUGUGCACCAAUGCCCGCCGCGUGGUGCGCAAGAGCUGGAUGCCCAAGCGCAAGCUGCUCAUGCCCGAGGGCGAUGCCUACACAACCUUCAUUGGUGACAUGGGCAAGAUUGAGCCGGACAUGAUGGGCGUGGAGCAUGGCUUCGAGACGGCCAGCCACGACGGUGACGCCGGCCCCUCGGCCGAGGCCCUCCAGUAAUCCCAAGGACCCUCCCCAUGGAGCCGUCACACUCCCUUCCCACUAUACCCACCCGCCCACCCGCCAUCCUAGUCACGAGCUACUGUCUGCCCCUCCCCAG